AUGAGUUGCAGAAGACACGAUGGGCAUCCCCUUGUUAAGGUCUGUUUUUCGUGUAGUGACCAGCUGGUGUGCGACGAGUGUACGAAACUUGACCACUCCGGCCACAUCUUCCGCGAGAUCGAGGAAGUCGGUAAAGAACGACAGAAGACGUUGCUCCAGAACCUCAAAGAAACGGAAGCUGUUGUUUUGGGUAUACAACAAGACCUGGGGAAACUUCAAAGCUUUAACGAAGGCAAUCGAUCUCAGUCCAGAGACGUUGUCGAUAAGAUACAGCGCCGAGGCAAAGACAUUCAAGACGCCGUCAACCAAUACACAAAGCAACUCGUGUUUAUGUGCGAACGGCAUCAUAACGACACAGAUUACGACAUCGCCGAAACCAAAGUGAGACUAGACUCGGAACUUCUGAAUGCAACGAAGUCUCGUGGUAUUAUACAAGCUGCGUUAGAGUCCGAGAACUUCCCAAAAAUCAUAGAAACUGAGAAAUACCACCGGAACAAUCAAUAUCAGAGACAGGUUGUUUCCGUUAAGUCUCCGAGAUCCGUUGCUUUAGUGCACGGAGCAGGUACCGUCGGACAUCUUAGGGAAAUAUUCGGAGAUAUUGAAAUUCAGCAUCAGGAUAAUUACCAAUAUCGUUUCCACAACGAAUCUGAGACACGAGAAGAGCACGAAAAUGCAAAAAGAAGAAAACAAGAUGGCGGCUACAACGUGUGUGACACAACCGUCACUUCAGCGUUCGAGCAGACGACAUCCUCUUUCGGAAUCUGUUUCAUUUGUCCGUCGCUAGCAUCGGUCGAUGAAUGCUGGAUACGUCUUGAAAGAAUGAACGAGAUUAAACUGGUCUCCAGGACGGGCGAUGUCAAACAGACAAUCCAUUUCGACACUGCUGUAGCCUGUCUCGCUAAUACUGCGGACAAUCGGACAGUGGUCAGUUGUCCGGACAAACAUAUUAUACAAGAGAUUCUACCGGACGGAACACCGAAGACACUUUUCCAUCUGGACAGACUGUCCCCGCGUGCGCUAUGUCUCACGACAGAAGGAAAUCUUCUGAUAAGUCUAGUAGAGAAAUGGAGUUAUUCCGUAUCUGCUUUCAGCACACGGAAGAUCGCUAAGUAUACAGUCAAAGGUUACAAAAUGGCGGAAGCAGAAUACGACGGCCACAGGAAGAGGUUGUUCAUCAAGCCUUCAAGAGUCGCUACAAGUCUUUCUUCCGGUGAUGUGGCCGUCAUCAAUCGAACGGAAUACGAAACUAGUCAUCUAGUCAUUUUAGACAAACAUCUUCGCCUCAAGUUCCGAUACUUUGGAGAUAGGAAGAUAAUCCCGAGCUCGAAGCGUUACUAUGGCAAAGAGUCUGUCCAGUUCUGUCCUCAGGACGUCCAGUACGAUGCGGGAAACAACAUCCUGAUCGCCGAGCUGUACAGUUGUUCUAUUCAGCUGAUUGACGGCAAUGGUCAUCUGCUCAAGAUCCUUCAUACAGACGAGGACAUUCCCUGGUCACUGGCUGUCCAUACUGACCAUCAGGUGUGGACAGGCUACAACAGCGGAAAGGUCAAGGUACUCAGCUACC